CAGAGAAAUGACUUUGAAUUUGUUUUUUAACGUUAAAAAACUUUUAAUUACUUUUGAUUUGAUUCACAAUUAAUAUGAAUAACGAUAACAAGCGAUGAAUAAAAUCAAAUCAUUGGUCAGCGCGAGGAUAAUGUGCGGCACGAGUGGACACAACCAUUGCUGUCGGCACUACAGGUCCGGUGGCAGCGGUGGUGGAGGCGUCGGUGGUGUCGGUGCGACCGCUUCUUCGGCAACCAUGCGAUCGCUGCCAACCGAAGCCAAAGUGAUUAUCUAUGGCAACGACUUGACCGCACUCUCCAUCGCCUACCAGUUGUCCCAAAAGGGAAACUUCGGGCCCAACUGUUUGGUCAUUACUGGCCAGAAGUCAGACGCCUUAUCCGACUCAGACUCACCGCAAGUCAACUCAUGUCUACUCAAUCACAUGAUUGUGGCCAACCCUCGGGUCUCCCAAUUGAUCCAAUUCAGUCACCAGCUGUUUGACGUGAACACUACCGGUGCUGUAUAUGUGGCCCACAAUCCGUGGACAGUGGACUCGUUUCGGCGCCGCAUAUCGUCCUCCAAACUAGUCUUCGCCGACGACUCCGGCGUUAAUCUGUUGUCCAAAGAGGAUAUCGAGCGUCUGUACGGCCAGUAUCUCAAUUGCGAUCAACUUCUGGGCGCUCUUCACGUCCCCAACGAUGGUAUCAUCGAAGACAUUGCCGGACAACAGCGCCGGUUACGGGCGUUGGCCGUCGAGAGUGGCGUCCAGUUUGUGGACAAUUAUCUGUUGAGUAAGAUUAAGAUCAAUAACAAUAAGAUCUCAAACGUGGAGCUCAUCGACUGUCACACGAAUCGCGCCAAACGUAUUGACUGUCAGUAUUUUGUCAACUCUUCCAACAAUUACUUGACACGACUUAUCGCCAAACGGUGUCCCACAAGAGUUAGGAUACCGACGCUCUGCACAUACAAUCAGGUGAUGGUCACGAAGCCGUUUGAUGGCCUACACGGCACGGGUGGUGAUGGCGGCGGCGAUAGUGGUGUUCCCAUAAUUCAUGACUUCGAUCAAAGGUUUACCGUUUAUCAGACCAGCGAUCGCUCCCUAUAUCUGACCGGUUAUGAGAAGGUGUCGAAAAUACUUCAGAAAAACAUCACUUCCCAUCCGUUGAGGGCUUAUAAGUUGUGGAUAACUAUGUAUUUUAAGGCUUUGAAGAAUUUGGGACAACUGGUAGGCGAUGGAGAGUGCGGUCAAGUCGUUGCCAUAGAUAAUCACUUUGGCUUCGGUUGGCAGCGAUCGCAUGUUUUAACCGAAAACGACAGAAACGGAGGAAUGAAUACAGAAAUACCUGAAGUGUAUGGAAAUUGGGACGAUUUCUACCGCAUAUUGAAGCCAAUACAGGAGCGCAUUCCGGCGCUAAGCGGCGCCAAACUCCACAAACUGGUGGCCAGACUCGAGAACUUUACGCCCGACGGGCGCUCACUGAUUGGCGAAGUGCCCGAAAUUGGCAAUUACUUGUUGGCCGCGGCGGUGGCGCCCCAAUUGGCCGCCGGCGCCGGUCGUCUCAUCACCGAUAUUAUUACCAAAAGCGACAACACGUUUGGUCACGAUUUUUGGUCAUUAGAUCCGCGGCGGUUCAUACCAUCGCAAAGUAAUCGUAUAUUUCUGUUCGAUCGGCUCCGGGAGGUGCCGGCGAAGGCCCGCUAUAACGUCAACUAUCCGGCGCCCCAUAACGACUACCAGACCGGUCACGGGUUGCGCACGAGUCCACUGUAUCCGCGGUUCAAACAGGCGGGCGCUCUCUUUCAGCAGAUCAUGGGCUACGAGAGGCCCGCCGUCUAUAUGGGAGCCGUAGAGCUGGACGACUAUCAGUCCGGACUGUCGGACAGCGAGAGCCAAUCAAAUGAGCCGUUACGGCACAGAUAUUUGGAAACCCAGUCGUUCGGUCGCCCGCAUUGGUUGGAUGCCGUGCAUCAGGAAUACCAGGCGUGUCGGGAAAGGGUUGCACUUCUCGAUUACUGUAGUUUCAGUAAACUUGAACUCCGAUCGCAGGGCGACGAAGUGGUGGAACUGUUGCAGUACUUGUGCUCUAAUGAUGUGGACAUCAAUGUGGGAUCAAUUGUCCACACGGGUAUGCAGAAUGAAAGGGGCGGCUAUGAGAACGACGUGUCGCUCUUACGGAUGGCUGACAACCACUAUAUGCUGAUCGGACCGACCGAACAGCAAUCUCGUUGCAUAUCGUGGAUCAAAUCGCAUGACUUAGACUCCGUGGUUGACAUCCGCGACAUAUCGGGUCAAUACACGACCCUUUGUCUGAUGGGUCCGCUCUCUAAGCUAGUGCUGAGCGAAGUGUUGGCCGAUCCCUCAGAACUGAACACAUUUCCAUUCUUCACGUAUAAAGAGUUGGCCAUUGGUUUGGCGCCAGAGGUUCGGGUCUGCAAUCUGACCCAUACGGGAGAGUUGGGUUGGGUUCUGUACGUACCCAACGAUAACGCCGGACACGUGUACGAUAUGCUGGUACGGGUGGGCCAGCGGUACGACAUGCGACACGCGGGCAGUAUAGCGAUGCGAACGCUGCGGAUCGAGAAGUUCUUCGCCUUCUGGGGCCAGGAUUUGGACACAACGACCACACCGUUAGAGUGCGGCCGCGCCUUUCGGGUCAAGUUUGACAAAGACUUUUUGGGCAAACGGGCGCUACUCAGACAGCGGGAGGAGGGGGUGCGGCGCCGGUACGUACAGCUACUGCUGGACGACUUUGACGACAAGUGUCAGGUGUGGCCGUGGGGUGGAGAACCCAUAUUCAUAUGCGACCCGCAGUACGACAGCCGCGCGCCAGUGGGUCUGACCACUACCACCGGCUAUGGGUUCACUUUGGGCCGACACGUGUGCCUCGGAUUCAUACGCCAUCCGCACAAUGAGAUCGUUUCAAAUGAUUUCAUAUUGAAGUCCAAGUUUGAGGUCGAAGUCGGGGGCAAACGAUUCAAAGCCCGAACUAAUAUCCAUUCGCCGAAACUAACGGACGUUUCGGGCACUUAUUUGGCCACUCGUUCCGGACCUGACCUCUGA